ACAGCUCUUUCAGCUAAUCUCCUCCUUGGAUGGAUUGAUGGUCAUGAAGCAGCCCCGGCGCCAACUAUCUCCAAAAACGAUAAAAUCGUCCCUAAUCCAGAGUAUACCUCCUGGACCAUCGUUGACACACAGAUCCGCGCCUGCCUCCUAGCGGUCAUCAGCCCCUCCGUUCACAAACAUGCUCGCGGCUUCACCACAUUUGCUGCCCUCUGGGAUGCUUUGGCCACACGGUACAACUCCGUGUCCACCGCUCAUGUUUAUCAGCUUCGGGACAAACUCCACACUCUUCGUAAAGGUACCAAAACUAUGACACAAUACCUUGAUGAUGUGGCAACUAUUCUCUCAGAUCUCGAUGCCUUGAAAGAAGAGAUCCCUAAACGUGAUGUGGUGAAUGCUGUUAUUCGUGGUCUUCCCACCGAAUACUCAUCCUUUAAGCAAAACAUUCGCAUGAACAAUACCAAUAAUUCGUUAAAUCAGCUUUCUGGAUGGCUGAUCUCCGAAGAAAUAAACCUGGAGAUGGAGAAUAAACUCAGCCUCACCGAGUCUACCAUCACCGAACCUCGCACAGCACUUCUCGCUACAAACGAUCGAG